AUGAUGGGCAGCAAGAUGGCUUCUCACUAGGGUAAUGCAACUAGGGUAAUGCAGGUAGUGAAGCCACCUGCUCCAUUAAUAAAAUUCCCUAACAGAAGAGACAAACCUAACCUCAGUGAAGCUUUGGGAUCUGCUGCACUGCCCUCCCAGUCCUCUGUCAUUUCACAGCAUUCUAAAGGAAGUAUGUCCCCAGAUUUACUGAUGCAUCAGGAGCCACCAGACACUGCAGAAAUAAUAAACUCAGCUGGGAAUGAAAGAAUAAACGCAUUACCUCAGAAAUACAGAAGGAAACCGAUGUCUCAAGAGGAAGUGGAAUUUAUCUGUCUUGGGGGUCCGGAGUGA